AUGCUUCGUUGUUCUUCAUCACUGGUCAGGAAGAAAGUAUCUGUAAGAUUUAUAAGGCCCAUUUCGAAUUCAUUCAAUGAUCCAGACUUGUUCAGAACUAGAGCAUUUAUCAAUGGAGAGUGGAUAGAGAAGACCGAAUCCUUUGAGGUUAUCAAUCCAUCAACGCAGGAAGUGAUUGGGCAGAUCUCUAGUUGUGGCAAAGAAGACUAUCAGUUUGCAGUUAAGUCAGCUAAGGAAGCAUUCCAAAGAUACCGUUAUACAACACCUGGUGAAAGGUCCCAAAUCUUAUACAAUAUCUAUGAGCUAACUUGUACCAAUAGAGAGGAUCUCGCAAGGUUAGUUACGUUGGAAACGGGAAAACCUUAUCACAAUUCUCUUGGCGAAGUAGACUACACUGCAAGUACUUUCAAAUGGUUUGCUGAAGAAGCCAAUAGGAUAUAUGGAUCCCUACUCUCAGCUACCUCUUCAAUUGAUAGACAGAUGUUCCAUAUUAAAAGACCAUUGGGGGUAGUUGGGAUCAUGACUUCGUGGAACUCACCUAGUGCUAUGGUCGCUCGAAAACUGGCUCCGGCACUAGCAGCAGGAAAUGCAUGUAUAAUACGUCCAGCUCAUGAGACACCUCUGAGUGCACUGGCACUCUGCUGGUUAUGCGAACAAGCCGGUCUUCCUGCUGGUGUGUGUAACAUAUUGCCAACGAAAACUUCUAAAGAGGUUGGGAGAUACCUUUGUGAGAGUUCACAAGUUAAGAAGCUUUUCUACUCAGGGACCCCAGAUCUCGGGAAGUUAUUGCUGAAGCUAUGUGCAUCGGAGUGUGAAACCAUCAAAAAAUUCUCUAUGGAGCUUGGAGGUAAUGCACCAUUUAUUGUUAUGGAAGAUGCCGAAAUUGAUAGGGCUCUGGACGGCAUAAUCGACUUCAAGUUUGGUCAAUAUGCGCAAACUUGUGCUAACAGAAUUUUUGUUCAAGAAAAGAUCUAUGAUCUCUUCGCGACUAGACUCGCUGAACGUAUAGAAGAAGUAUUUCAUUUGGGCGACGGAUUUGAUCAAGGUGUAACCCAUGGCCCAUUGAUAAACACUCAUACGGUGGAGCAAGUUUCUGCCUUAGUUGGAAAGGCGAAACAAAGUGGUGCCCGUGUUCUCACUGGUGGCUCUAGAGCAAGCGCUCUUGGUCCUUUAUUUUACCGUCCCACAAUCCUGGCAGAUGUAGAUGCUUCUAUGGAGAUAUUUCAUAAGCAGCUUUUCGGACCUGUCGCAUCACUGAUUAAAUUCAAGGACACCAGCGAUGUGUUUCGAAUGGCUAACAAUGUGGAAUCUGCGCCAGCCGGAUUCUUGUAUACAAACAAUAUCAAGAAAGCUUAUCUCGUUGCUACGGAGUUGAAAGCCGGCAUGAUAGGCAUAAACACAUGCGAGAUCAGUAACAGCGCUAUCUCGUCAGCUGGAACUGGCCAAGGUGUUGCGAAAUUUGGAAUUGAAGAAUACACCGAAACCAAAUCGAUUGUAUUGGAGCCAUAG